AUGCCUCGAUGUUUGAUGGCGAAAAAGUGGAAGGCCUACCCGUGGCCGGACCGAGCCGAAGAGCAGCCACCGUCCCCGGUGGCGUCCGGUGAUCCCCCGUUGGUCGGCACGGUCUCGACCCAAGACAUUGACUCCACCUCCCCCAGCAGCAGCGCCACCGACACCACCGCAGAGGCCACCGGCAGCAGCAGUGCUGCCAGCAGUGGUUCGUCACCGGCGCCUGAAUGUAGUCAGCCGGCAUCGUCGUCCAGCAGCCCAGCAGUGGAGCCGAUGGAGGAGGACGAAGAGAUCGACGUCGUCGGUGACUCGCCGGCGGCAGCGACGGCAACACCGGCCAGUGGCACCAAGUCGACCGGCACGGUGGCCACCUGUUGGGGACCAUCGUCACCAACGGCCGGUGCUACGGCGCCGAGUCCACCGCCACACUCACCCGAAGCGGCCACACGCGAGUCCACCAUCCUCUACAACGGUUAUGGUCGUGACAUCACCCAUCACUUCACCGCCUACCUGCCAAAGUUGGACCCCGAGGCGUCCAGCUACCAACAGCAGCAGCAGCAGCAACAGCAACAGCAACCAUCAUCCCAGCAGCAGUUUAUAGCCCUCGCCCCAGUAUGCAGCGCACCGCAGACAACCUCAGCCGGAAGUUCCGACCCGGAGGCGCCCAGCCCGGCCCCGGGCGAUCCGCAGCGUUCGCCGAGCCACGGCACGGCGUCGGCUCCGAAGAAGUCGCUCGCCAUGUGCUUCACCAGCACCGGCACGGCGCUGUCGCUGCCGCCGAAGAAGAAGGACAUCUACCGGCCGUACUCGCUGGACGACAGGCCGCCGCCCCGGCCCAGCUACGAGCUGCGGAUCCCGGCCGAGGAGGACCUGCACGCGGCCCACGCCAUACUGGAUCUGAGCGCAUCGACGGCCUUCCUGCCACCACCGGCGCCCCAUCAGCUCGCUGCUCCGACGCCUCCGAACCCGACCGUUAUCCUGGUGCCCGCAUCGAAACCCGUACCCAGCGACUCCUCCGAUCGGCGCCCCACGUCACCGAUGCUGCUGAUGGCUCACCACCAGCCGCAGCCACCGAUGUCCUCGUCGGUUCCGCUCCUAUCGCCACCGACGAUCCCCAGCUCGCUGGGAUCACCCGGGGCGCUGGAGCAGAACGAGAACCGCAACAGCAUCAACACGCUCGAGUGUCGAGGAGCGGUGAUCGGAAGCGAUCACCGGGAGCAGGGCCCGUCGUCCUCGUCGGACCCAUCGUCCGAUUCCGAGUCCGGCCCGAACGGGUCCAAAACCGUGGCCUACACGUACGAGGCGUUCUUCGUGAGCGACGGGCGCUCGAAGAAGAAGAUGGCCGAUCCGAAGGCGGUGCUCGAGAACAAGGCCAAGUACACGUGCACCGAGUGCGGGAAGCAGUACGCCACUUCGAGUAACCUGUCGCGGCACAAGCAGACGCACCGUAGUCUGGACUCGCAGUCGGCCAAGAAGUGCCACACGUGUGGUAAGGCGUACGUCUCGAUGCCGGCCCUGGCGAUGCACGUCCUAACGCACAAGCUGUCCCACAGUUGCGGAGUGUGCGGAAAGCUGUUCUCCCGGCCCUGGCUCCUGCAGGGUCACCUGAGGUCACACACCGGGGAAAAGCCGUACGGGUGCGCCCACUGCGGUAAGGCUUUCGCUGAUCGGUCGAAUCUGAGGGCUCACAUGCAGACGCACUCGGUCGACAAGAACUACCAGUGCGGUCGGUGCCACAAGACGUUCGCCCUCAAGUCGUACCUCAACAAGCACCUGGAGUCGGCCUGCUUCAAGGAGGACGGCGCUCCGAUGUCCCCGCUGUCGCCCGGCUCGAUCGACAGCUCGUCGAUGGACAUGAUGGACGGCGAGCUGCAUCCGCUGGGUGAUCGGCGUCACCAGAUGGCGCUGAAGCGCGAAAACAACGUGGACAUCGAGGGCGAUGAGUCGAGCGAAUCGGCACCACCGCCCCUAUCACCCGCGGCACACCUGACCACCAACAACGCUGCGGCCGGGAACCUGUUUGUGAUGAAGAACCUGGCCACCAGCCUCGGGACAACGCCCGGUGCAGCCGCAGCAGCCGCGGCGGCCAUCUUAGGACCGGCGGCCAUCUUGACGACGGCGAAAACGUAA